GUUCUGGGUAUGUAUGGUCAGUAUGACCUUUGAUUUCUAAAUAUACUUUUGUUUGAGUAUUGUCAUUCUACCGAUGACGAUUAUAGGUUACUUUAAAAUGGGACCUUAGCAUGGUAUGUUGAACAUCCGGAUUUUACCCACUGUUUCGAACAAAUUAUCCUAUUUGGAAUACCCUGCGCUUUUCUGUGGUUAUUUACGCCGGUACAGAUUUUCCUGUUCAUGCGCGCAAACCCCAGACUGGGACGGUGGACAAAGUUAACGAUGAGCAAAAUGGGACUGUGCAUUAUUUUGAUUUUUCUUUCUUUGAUGGACCUUGGAUAUGCUGCACAAAUUUUAGUGCAUUUUGGCCGAAAUACUCUUCCAUCGGUCAACAUUAUGUCUCCUCUGAUGCUUAUCCUAACAGUUUUGCUGGCUAUGGUUUUUAUUGACCUCGAUCGUCGCAAAGGAAGAAUAUCCAAUGCCAUCCUCUUUAUUUUCUGGCUUUUGCUGACCACUGCCGGGUUUAUAACAUUGCGGAGCAAGAUUUUACGUGCAACGGGAAAAGAACAUCAAAGCGCGGACGAUAUUUUCGGCUUGUUCACGUAUGAAGUUUUCUUUCCGGUUGUCGUUGUACAACUGGUUUUGUCCAGUUUUGCCGAUAGCUACCCGGAGCGAUUUGAAAAUUGGACAAAAAAUCCAUCUCCGGAACAAAGCGCAUCGUUUCUUAACAAACUGUUUUCACACUGGAUGACCGAAUUACUCAGAGUUGGAUGGAAGCGGGAGCUGAUGGAAGAUGAUAUCUGGGACUUGAUACCGGAAGAACGAACGGAAUACUUGGAUGCUGAAUUAACGAAGCAUUGGCGGAAGCAGACAACUAACGCUAACGGCGAAGAAUUUUACGUGAGCGACGUCCUAGAGGAAAUCAAUGGUCGCCCGGUAGAGCGUCAUCGUGCUGCGCUUCCGACGUCCGGAGAAUAUCCGACCGAGCCGGUUAGAUCGAAAACGCCAUCGCUCGUUACCGCUUUGUAUAAAACAUCCUGGCCGUUAUUCUGGAAAUCCGCUUUCAUCAAAAUGGUGUACGAUGGCAUUACCGUGGUUAUGCCUUUGUUAGUCGGACAGAUUAUUGAAUUUGCGGCUACACCUUCCAUGUACACGUGGAAAGGUUACGUCUCUGCGGUGAUCCUGCUGAUUUUGGCGCUGGGUCAUACCAUCUGCUUCGCCAUGACGAAUUUCACAGCCAGCCGAUGUGGUAUGCGGAUUCGUGGCGCUUUAUCAGCGGUGAUUUACCGAAAGGCGUUAUUCCUGGCGAAUACCGCCAAAUGCCGGUACAACGUCGGCGAUGUGUGCAACAUGCUGACGGCGGACACGCAGCGUAUUGCGGACUUUAUGUACUACCAUCACUACGUCUGGAUUACGCCGUUCACAGCGAUGGUUAUGAUGUACUUCCUGUGGCAGUAUGUUGGUGUCGCCUCACUUGUGGGAUUCUUUACGCUCAUCUUCAUUGUCCUGGUCAAUUUUGUUGUCGUGGCUAAAGCCAAGCGGUUUGAAGUUUCCGCCGUUCAACAAAAAGAUGCCAGAGUCCGGCGAAUAAAUGAAAUAUUCAACGGUAUAAAGAUUCUCAAGAUGUAUGCAUGGGAGCCGCAAUUCCAAGAACAGAUUGUUCAAGCGCGCGAGGACGAGUUGCAAUCGCUGAAAAAAGCCGGCUUUUUAACCACCAUCAACCACGGUUUGAUGCUGGUGUCUUCUCCUUUGGCGGCUCUGACGACCUAUGCAACGUAUGUUUAUCUGUAUCCCGGUCACACCCUGACGCCCAAAACCGGCUUCGUCACUUUGCUGUUCCUGUUCAGUCUGCGGCAUUCGUUGUACUUGCUGCCCAUUGGAACCACACUUCUUAUUCAAGCCAAAAUCGCAACGACCAGGUAGAGAUUUUUUCUCGCGCGGGAACUGGAUCCGCAAAGUGUAAAGCGUGUACCCAAAUCGGAGGCUGCUGAUGCGUCGGUGGUGACAAUUGUAAAUGGAAAUUUCACAUGGAAUCCAACGAUGAUUCUGCUGACUCUGAAAAAUAUCAAUGCUAACAUCAAUCAGGGGCAAUUGUUUGCUGUCACGGGCACAGUCGGAAGCGGAAAAUCAUCCUUCCUGGCCGCUUGUCUCGGUCUCAUGGAACGUGUUUCCGGUCACGUGGCCAUUCGUGGCUCGGUAGCUUACGUCAGUCAGCAGGCUUGGAAUCAGAAUAUGAGCCUCCGCGAUAACAUUCUCUUUGGUCGGCCAUACGACGAAGAGCGCUACGAACAAGUGCUGGAAUGCUGUGCUCUGUAUCCCGACCUGCAGAUCCUCCCAUCCGGUGAUUUGACCGAAAUCGGAGAAAAGGGCAUCAAUCUGAGCGGAGGGCAAAAAUUACGCGUGACGCUGGCACGAGCGGUUUAUGCUGACUGUGAUGUGUACUUCUUAGAUGAUCCAUUAAGUGCUGUGGAUGCCCACGUAGGAAAGCACAUUUUUGAAAAGAUUAUUGGUCCUCACGGAAUGCUAAAGCACAAAACACGAAUUUUUGUUACCAAUGCAAUCCACUGGCUGCCGCAGUGCGACAUAGUGGCAUUUCUAGAGCAAGGAAGGAUUUCUGAAAUUGGUACCUAUAACGAACUUGUGGAACUGGAUAACCGCUUCAACGAAUUUCUACAACAAUGUAAAAUCGAAGCCACUCAGGAAAAGGAAGCGGGAGUCGCAGAAGGAGGUGAAUCUUCGGUUUCCGAGGAUAUUCAACCUGGCACAUCACACAGUGAAGCUGUAAGUCGGUUACCGAAACCGACAGCAAUCCGCCAGCGAGCCAGUACACGCGAUAGCGUUGCGUAUAAGGAAGCCGGUAAACUGAUUACAACGGAAGGAUUUAUGCCUGGCGGUGUGCAGUGGUCAACGUUCCAGCGGUUGAUCAAGGAGAUGACGGUGCCUAUGACCAUGUUGGCCAUUUUGGGGUAUGUGUUGGCCAACGCAUUCUUCUUGGUUUCGAACAUGUGGGUGGCCAAAUGGAGUCAGACGAAUACGGUCCUUCCUGAUGGAAGCAUCGACUGGCAGAAGACGAAUGUUGGAGUCGGUGUGUAUGCGACACUCACGCUUUGCCAACUGGGUUGUGCGCUGGCUGGCUUAUAUGGAAUCGCCAUUGCGCUGAUUUUGGCUGGUCGUACAACACACAACUCCAUGUUGGCGCGUUUGAUGCGGGCACCCAUGUCGUACUUCGAUACCACGCCGUUGGGACGAAUUGUUAACCGGUUCAGCAAAGAUAUCGAUACGGUGGACAACACCAUUCCCAUGCUCCUACGAUUCGUCCUUAACGCCUUUUUCCAGUGUUUGGUUUUUGCCUUGCUGACAUUGAUUGUUUUCCCUUACCUGACUGUGUAUGCCGUGCCGAUGUUUAUCGUCGCGUAUUUUGUCAAGGCGUUCUAUACGGCUACCGCCAUCCAGUUGAAGCGCCUGGAUGUUCUGUCGCGGUCACCGCUGCUUUCUGGCUUACAAGAAUCCAUGGCCGGAAGCGCGGUUAUCGCUGCCAUGCAGCAGACAGAGCGAUUUAUUCUGGAAAAUCGGAAGAAGAUUGACCAUUUAACGGGAGUACUGCUCUGCACACAUGCAUCGCUCCACUGGAUGACGAUGAUCCUUAUGGUACUAGGCGAUAUCCUCAUAUUCGCCACCGCUCUCUUUGCUGUUUACGGGCGCGACAAAUUGGGCUACAGUGAGGAACCGGGUUUCGUUGGAUUGGGAUUAAUCGGAGCAAUUUCGUUUACUGUCCUUUUCCCAUGGUGCGCGCAGAAUAUGAGCGACUUGGAGAACGCCAUAAUUUCCAUCGAACGACUUAACGAAUACGCUAACACUCCCGUCGAGGCACCCGUUAUCGUUCCGAAUAAUCGACCACCCUCCAAGUGGCCAUACCAGGGAACGGUAGCUUUUACGGACUAUCAGACAAGGUAUCGUAAUGGACUGGACCUUGUCUUGGAUGGUAUUACGGUCACCAUCCGCAGCGGGGAAAAGAUCGGUGUUGUUGGGCGUACCGGAUCCGGGAAGAGCACCAUGACGUUAGCCAUUCUGAGGCUGCUGGAGCCGGUGGCUGGAAAUAUCUACAUUGACGGGACGGAUAUUGCCCAGAUUGGCCUGCAUGAUCUUCGCUCGCGUAUCACGGUGAUACCUCAGGAGUCGGUACUGUUUAGCGGAACGUUGCGGAUGAACCUUGAUCCCUUCAACCAGUGUUCGGAUCAGCAAAUCUGGAGGGCUCUGGAAUUAUCCAGACUGAAGGCGUUUUUCCAGUUAGCCGGACACGGACUGGAGUUUGCUGUCACGGAAGGAGGCGGAAAUCUGAGUGUGGGACAACGCCAGCUGAUCUGUCUAGCACGAGCGCUGCUGCGGCGGUCCAAAAUUUUAAUUCUAGAUGAAGCGACAGCGGCCAUUGACUUUGAAACGGAUAAUUUCGUCCAAGAAGUUAUUCGCAAAGAGUUUGCUGACUGCACGAUUAUUACGAUUGCCCACCGGCUAAAUACUAUAAUGGACGCAACUCGGGUCAUGGUGAUGGAUGCGGGAAGAGUAAAAGAAUUUGACAUCCCGGUGAAACUGCUGGAUAAUCCACGGAGCUUGUUCUAUAAACUGGCAAAAGAUGCUGGACUAUAAAAAUCGAGCUAAACCAGCAUACUGACAGGUUACACAUCUAUCUGACAACUGUAUUUUACCGGACGCCAAAAACACGAAAAGUAGAAGAAUUAUAUUGACAGCAUGACAAUCUUGGAUGCAGCGUAUCACUGCAAGAUAAUCAAUGUGAUAUAUUCUUUUUACAUUUUGCGAAU